AUGACAACUGCAGAAGUGCCCAUUCAAAGGGUGGAAUCUUCACUCUCCUUCACCCAAGGCCUCCUACUCGGCCAACUCUCCAUCGUACUCAUUCUCGGCGCCUUCAUCAAAUUCUUCAUAUUCGGCGAUCCUCCAUCCCCAGACGUAACUGCUGCGCUCCGCGCGACGGAACGACGGUCUCUUACUCUCGCCCACAAACGUUCCCUACUCUCUCUCCGCUCCCAGCAACGCCAUCCCUCCCACGCACUCAAUAAAAAGCGCUCGCAGAUUCUACGAAAUCCUCCACCCCUCACGACGACUACAAUUCUAAAUAAGACAUACUACAAUGUGGAUUCCCACCAGCCGGAAAGUCUGGAUUGGUUCAACGUUUUGAUCGCCCAGACUAUCGCGCAAUUUCGGAGCGAUGCGCAACAUGACGAUGCUAUACUUACGAGCUUGACGAAAGCUCUCAAUGGAACAUCCCGUCCGGAUUUCUUGGAUGAGAUAAAAGUCACAGAGAUUAGUCUUGGGGAAGACUUUCCGAUUUUCAGCAAUUGCCGGGUCAUACCCGUAGAUGAAGAUGGGCUGACGCUGGGAAAGGAAGGGUCGGGUAAUAGGGACUUAGGAAGGUUACAGGCGAGGAUGGAUGUUGAUUUGAGUGAUUUUAUUACUCUAGCAUUGGAGACGAAGUUGCUGUUGAACUACCCGAAGCCUUUGGUUGCGGUCUUGCCCGUUGCUUUGGCUGUAAGUGUAGUUCGAUUCAGCGGAACGCUGAGCAUAUCGUUCAUUCCAGGCUCGCCGAUGAAUGCAACAACCCUAGCAUUCUCCUUUCUGGACGACUACCGUCUAGAUCUCUCAAUAAGAUCCUUAGUAGGAUCACGUUCUCGUCUUCAAGACGUACCUAAAAUCGCCUCGCUGGUCGAAGCUCGUCUCCAUACCUGGUUCGAUGAACGUUGUGUGGAACCUCGAUUCCAACAAAUCGAGCUUCCGAGUCUCUGGCCACGGAAGAAGAAUACGCGGAAUGCGGAGGGUGCAAGCGAGCCUGCUAGUAUCAGUAGGGCUAAGGGCAAGGAGAUGGAACGGGAUCUUAGGGAGGAAGCGAGGAGAGAAGUAGAGGCGGAGGUUAGGGCGAGACAGGAGGUGGAAGGGGUGGAAGAUGACGGUCUUAGGUGGAGAAGGAGGGCUAGGGGUGAUGAGUAUGCUAUGCCUGGCAGUAUGCCAGGUUUGAAUAUGACUUGA